UUGCUAAUCUUCCAGUCGGAGAGAACGUAGAUCCGUGAAUUUUGCUUGCAGUUCUACCGGUUUUUUGAGCAAAAGAAGUGUCAGUGAUAGUUCUAAAAUCUCUCAUUCGUCGUUCUUCUUCAAACCAACCGACUGCAGAGUUGAUCAGGAACGGAAACACCCAUUGAAGACAACUUUAUUGACGAGUGUACGAACGUUCGAGCACCCUGAAAAGGAGCUGCGACUGGUACAGAGCGAGCGAAGAGGAACAGCGAUCGUAGAAGAAAGUUAAUCAGGCAGCAGACAAGAUGCCUGCUCCGACAUCAGCAGCGGGUACGGUGGAGGGACCACCUCGUACCGAAUUGCAAGAAUUACAGCUGAAGGCCGAUCAAACUACAGAUGAGUCCCUGGAGAGUACGAGGCGUAUGCUGUCACUAUGCGAGGAGAGCCACGAGGUCGGGAUGAAAACCCUCGUAAUGCUGGACGAGCAAGGCGAGCAACUGGACAGAAUCGAGGAGGGCAUGGACCAGAUCAACGCCGAUAUGCGCGAGGCCGAGAAAAAUCUCACCGGAAUGGAAAAGUGCUGCGGUCUCUGCGUUCUUCCAUGCAACAAAGGUGCCAGCUUCAAGGAAGACGAAGGAACGUGGAAGGGAAACGACGAUGGUAAGGUGGUGAACAAUCAGCCUCAGCGAGUGAUGGACGAUCGCAACGGGCUUGGUCCACAAGGUGGAUAUAUCGCCAAGAUCACGAACGAUGCGCGUGAAACAGAGAUGGAGGAUAAUAUGGGUCAGGUGAACACGAUGAUUGGUAAUUUGAGAAACAUGGCGAUCGACAUGGGCAGCGAGUUGGAAAAUCAGAACCGGCAGAUCGACAGGAUCAAUCGCAAGGGCGAUUCGAACGAGACGAGGAUAAAGGUGGCCAACGAGCGAGCCCAUCAGCUACUCAAGUAAGGCCACUCUCGACCACCUGCACCCCGUCGGCCACCAAUAGCACCAAAUACUACCAUCACCACUAUCACAACCACCACCAACAACAGUUACAACAAUUACAACAACAAUAAAAACAACCACAACACCACUACCAUCAGUGUCUACAAUAAAACCAGCACCACCACCACCACUCAGAUUACAAUACACACGAUCGUUUAUUCUCAAUUUAUUCGCGCUCAAGUAUCUGCAAUAUAUUUAUUACGAUUUAUUUAUACAUGUAUAUAUAUAUAUACAUCUGAAGAGAUCGUAGACCAUUUGGCAAAAG